AUGAGUGAGAGUGGUAAAAUAUCAAAGAAAGUGCAUCCAUUUAAAAGAGCUAGAAAGGAUGUCAUGUAUUUUGAUGAUCAAACUAAUGAACAUAAUACGGAUUCAAGUUCUUCAGGUACUGAUGGCAGAAAAUUAAAUAGUGAUAACCUGAAGAAGAAAGCUCUUGAUCUGCUUUCAAUCCGUAAAACUUUACCCGUUUAUAUGAAUAAAGAUGAAAUCAUGUCUCACAUUAAUUCAAAUCAAGUAACUGUGCUGAUCGGUGAAACUGGUUCUGGUAAAUCGACACAAAUCCCUCAAUUCAUAUUGGAGGACAUUUACAAGAGUAAAAAACAUGGAUCAAUUGGUGUCACACAACCUCGUAGAGUUGCUGCUAUUAAUUUAGCAACCCGUGUUGCCAGUGAACAUGGUUGUAACGUCAGUGACCAAGUUGGAUACUCUGUUAGAUUUGAUAAUUCUACUACUUCCAGGACCAGGCUAAAGUACCUUACAGAUGGUAUGCUGCUGAGAGAAUUGAUGAUGGACAAGAAUUUAAAAGAAUAUAAUACGAUUAUUAUUGAUGAAGCACAUGAAAGAACAGUUUUAACGGAUUUAAUUUUAGGUUUUCUAAGGACUUUAUUAGAGACCAAAAGAAAAGAUUUGAAAGUCAUUGUGAUGUCUGCAACUUUACAAGCAGAAAAAUUCAGUAAAUUUUUUGCAGAUGCCCCAAUUCUUUUUGUCGAAGGUCGUAAGUUUGACGUUACACAAUAUUAUUUACCAGAUCCUUGUGAUGACAUUGUUGAUUAUGUCAUUAAGACUUGCGUUCAGAUUAAUCAAAGAGAACAAACUGGUGACAUUUUAUGCUUCUUACCUGGUCAAGAGGAGAUUGAUAAAUGUGUUACAGUAUUAAACAAAAUUGCCCAGCCAUUAACAAAGGAUGAAAAAGUCCCAUUGUUAGUGGGAUAUCCAUUAUAUGCUGCCUUACCCCCUGCCCAACAAACUUUAAUUUUCAAUAAGAUAAAAGGUUUUAAAAGAAAAGUAGUUUUCAGUACCAAUAUUGCAGAAACAUCUGUCACUAUCCCUGGUAUUCGUUAUGUCGUUGAUUCUGGUUUGCGUAAAGUUAAAGUUUGGAGACAUCAAUUAGGGUUAGCUACUUUACUUACGGUUCCAAUUUCACAAGCGAGUGCCAUGCAAAGAAGUGGUAGAGCUGGCAGAGAGGCUGAUGGUAAAACAUUCAGACUUUACAGAGAAGCUGAUUUCGUUAAGUUACCACCACAAAGUGAGCCAGAAAUCGUCAGAUCUGAUGUCACAUCUCCAUUAUUGAUGUUGAAGAAAGCUGGUGUAGAUGACAUUGUCAACUGGACUUGGUUUGAGAAUCCUGGUAAGAAUGCUAUUGCAAUGGGUUUACAAGAGUUAUAUCAACUAGGUGCAUUGGACGAUUCCGGUCAUAUUACCGAAAAGGGUGAGCAGAUGUCAUUGUUACCAUUACAACCACAUUUGAGUAGUGUCCUAAUUUCUGCUAACCAAAACGGAUGUUUAAUAAAAGUAAUUGACAUUGUCUCCUGUUUAAGUGUUGAAAAUUUAUUAUUAAACCCACCAGCGGAAUUAAGAGAUGAAAUUAAUGAACAAAGGUUAUCUCUGUGUAAUAACGGUUCUAAAUAUGGUGAUCUAAUAAUGAUGAAAGAAUUAUUUGAUGUAUAUUUCUAUGAGUUGGAACAAAAUAAUAAAGAUUCCGGCGAAAGAAGUGAAUGGUGUAAACAAUUAGCAAUUUCAUACCGUGGCUUUAAGAAUGUUGUCAAAGUUAGAGAACAACUGAGAAUGUAUUGUAAGAAAUUAUUCACCGAAGAUAAAUCCCAGAAGAAGAACAAGAAGAAGUUUGAUACUAAUUUUGAUGAUGAGGAAGAUGAAGAACAUUCCAGUAAAUUAAAGGGUAACCAAGAAGAAAUAACAGCCAUACUCAAAUGUUUUUUAAGCGGGUUCUCAAAGAACGUUGCAAUUGGCAUGCCAGAUAGAUCGUACAGAACUGUCACAACAGGAGAAACCAUUAGUGUGCACCCAUCAUCUAUGUUGUUUCUAAACAAGAAUUGUCCUGGUAUAAUGUACAUAGAAUACGUUUUCACUACCAAGAGCUAUGCUAGAAACGUGAGCAGAAUCGAAUUAUCAUGGUUACAAGAACUCCUAAACACCAGUUCAGCAGUCAUUAAGGAAAAAAUCUAG